AGCACUUAUACUGUAUCAAAAGAUCGAGAGAAAUAUCACUUUUUUCCCGAACAUUUCUUAUUUUCUUUGCAGAUGACAUUGACUUCUUAUUUGAUCUUUGCUUGUUGCCUUCUUUCCAUUUCCAAUCCAAUUUUGUGUCGGGACCAACCAAAAUCCGAAAUCCAGAAAUCUGCUGAUGUCUCCGAAUCCGCAGCUAUCAUGAGGGACACGUGCGAGACCUUACCAUCUACCAUCCAAGUGAUGAAGGAAGAAUACGAUGAUUUGGGCAACGUCGUUCGCUCGUGUGAAGGAACAAUUGGCGUCACCAAGUGUGAGGGUACUUGCACGUCACAGAUACAACCUAGCGUCGUCACACCAACAGGCUUCUUAAAAGAAUGCCAUUGCUGCCGUGAGACGUGGAUGAGACAAAGAGAAAUACUUCUAACGGACUGCUACACGCAGGACGGGAAAAGAAUUUUCGGACAGCAAGGAACGAUGGUCAUUCACCUCAAGGAGCCGGAAGCCUGUGCAUGCCACAAGUGUGGAAUUUAAUUUCCUUAUAUAUCUUAUUUUUGUUGUAAUGAUAUUAUUAUUAAAUUAUUUCUUUAUGUUA